UUCUAUAAGAAAGUAAAUAUGUUACAAAUUCUCCAUUGUUAUAUUCUUUAUUCUAACAUUGACAUUUACACAAUAUGCGUAUAAUAAAGAAAAGUUUAUAGUUAUGACUCUGGUCGAGGGAAUAUCAAACGAAGUUUUGUUUGCUUUCCUUGUGACAAUUUUAUCAAUUGCACUAGCUAUAUAUUACACUUUCUCUGGAGCCACACGACCACCCAGGCAAAAUGUGGAUGGGCCUAUAAAUGUGGAAAAUGUUGAUGGAAAUCUCUCAGAAGCAAGGAAUAACGCUGCCCCAAGUCAAUCUAAAACAAACACCAAUAACACGAGAGGAAGUGCGGUUAAUCUCGUGGGACAGCCCCCUGAUCCCAGAGACUCAGCGGAACAAACGUUACAACCUGAACAAAACCCAGGUGCAGGUGAGGACAGUGUGAGAAGACGUGUAGUAAAUGAUCCAGACCAAACUCAAGGACAGACAACUGGAGGCCAAUCAGGUCAGGAUGAAACCAUGGUGGUGAAAGUGAAACACAAUGAAAACAUGCAGACAUUUAAUGUUUCAAAAUCUAUAACUGUUUUAGAAUUGAAAAGGUUGGCAUUUAUUAAUGAACUGAAUGCAGGGCACAGAGUGAGGUUUGUAUAUGCUGGACAACUAUUAAGAAAUGAUGAUUAUCCUCUUACAAGAUAUGGAGUAUUACCAAAUACUGUUAUACACUGUGUGAUAUCUGACUCUCCAGAACAGCCAACACCUGCAGCAGCGGAACAUUAUGAUGAGGAUUUAGAUCUUAGUCGUUUUUUAAUACCAUUACUUACUCUUGCUCUAAUUAUGGCAUGGUAUGGUCUCAUCUCAUACAAGCACAUAUUCACUGGUUCAUCUAUUGCCAUAUUAAUGUUCUUAACUAGUCUCUACAUGAUCCUAAUCUAUGUGACAACAAUUCAAUGAAAUAUACAGUACAUGUAAAUUGCUAUUCCAAAUAGAUAGGGAGUGUAAUAAAAUAACAUACAAAAUUGUAAUUGUUA